UUUUUCUCUGCUUCUAUACAUACUCUCUGUGUCAGAGACACAAUCGCUAGUUCGCUACCCCGCUCGACGUUGCCUCCGGUCGCGCCACGCCACUCAAUUGCCGCCGAAUUCGUCUCUGCCUCUCGCCGUCGGCGGGACUUGGUAACUUUUUGCUAACUGAGAGAAACAGAAACAGAAACAAACCAGAAGGUUUCUGGAGGGAGGAGAGCUGAGAAAUCAUGAAUGCCCCUGAUCGAUAUGAGCGAUUUGUCGUUCCUGAGGGCACUAAAAAGGUUUCUUACGAGAGGGACACAAAGAUAAUAAAUGCAGCAUCAUUCACUAUAGAGAGAGAAGAACAUACCAUUGGCAACAUUCUUCGCAUGCAACUACACAGAGAUCCGAAUGUGUUGUUUGCUGGUUACAAGCUUCCUCACCCUCUUCAGUACAAAAUCAUUGUCAGGAUUCAAACAACAAGCCAGUCUUCACCAAUGCAGGCAUACAACCAGGCUAUCAAUGAUCUAGAUCGGGAACUUGAUUAUCUGAAGAAUCAAGUUGAGGCUGAGCUGGCAAAGCGGUCAUAUUAAUGAACAUUUGAGGCACCGGAGGGAGCAUUGUGUUUCGAUUGCUUUGUUUUUUGAGGCUGCAAAUGUCAGGCCUGCGGUUAAUAGAAGCCAAAUGUGAAUGCUCUGUGAUAUUCGUCUGACUUGUGCUGUGACUUUCAUAUUUGUGCUGAAUCAAUGACAUAUAGAGUUAGAAAUGUAUAAUGGAGUCCUUUCACCUAACCUAAUCAACUUGAUGAAUUGCAUGCUAAUGUGCCAUGUCUGGAAGAUUACUCUUCAGGUUUCUUCUUGAUAUCAUGUUUAUUUCUCUUGCUGAAUCUGAGCGAAGGAUGAAGUAGGUGAUUGCAGACACGGGGGGUAGAGGCCAGAUGGCUUCUUCAAUAUUGCAUUACAUGAUAUUUUCUCUGAUGAUUACUAUAAGCAGAUCUGUGUUGCUUUGUUGAAAAUGAAAUUGAAUUAUACUUCUGA